GAAUUAGAGAAGUUAUAUCAAAUAUAUUAAUAAGAAAAAGAUCUAGGAAGAACCAUUGCAUACAGAAGAGCAAUAUCAAUAUUGCAAGGACAUAAAUAAUAAAUAUAAUCAAAAGAAGAUAUUAAAAAAAUAAAAGGAAUAGGAGAUAAGAUAAAACUUAAAAUAUAAGAAAUUUUGUAAAAUGGAACGUGUGAGAAAAUACAAAACUUAAUAAAUGAUGAAAAAAAUAUUAGUAUUAAUAUUUUAAGUAAAGUAUGGGGAAUAGGUACAAAUACAGCUCAUAUUCUAUAUAAAAAGGGAAUAAAAACUAUAGAACAAUUAAAAUAAAAUUAACAUUUAUUGAAUAAAAAUUAAAAAAUUGGAUUAAAAUAUUAUGAUGAAUUAAAUAAAAGAAUGCAUAGGGAAGAAGCUACCAAAAUAAUAUAAAAAGUAUAAGAAUAAAUAAAAAUAUUAUAUCCUAAAUAAUAUGAUAAAUAUAAUAUUAUUGCAUGUGGAUCUUAUAGAAGAGAAAAAGAAACAUGCGGAGAUGUAGAUAUUUUAAUUUGUAGAAAUGAUUUUGAAUAAUAUAAGCAUAAAAAUUUAAUGAUAACUAUAAUUCAAUAGUUACAUAAAUGUGGACUUUUAACAGAUGAUUUAGCUUUACCAAAAAAUUCAAGAUAAGGGGUUGAAAAUUAUAUGGGUGUAUGUUAAUUAUCUAGUGAUUAAUUGCAUAGAAGAAUCGAUAUUAAAUAUUAUCCUAAUUUUAUAUAUGGAUUUGCUUUGAUUUAUUUUACUGGAAGUGAUUAUUUUAAUAGAAGUAUGAGACUUUUUGCAAGAAAAAAAGGUUUUUCGCUUUCAGAUAAUGGACUUUUUCCAGUUCAAAGAUGUCCUAAUAAAGUUAAAGUAGUUUCAGGAGAAACUAUAUGUUGUUAUACAGAAAAAGACGUUUUCGAUGCUUUACAUUUAAAAUACUAAGAACCUAAAAUGAGAAAUCUUUGA